AUGGACGGCUUCCACCUAACCCGCACCCAACUCUCGGCGCUCCCGGACCCCAGCACAGCAUUCGCCCGUCGCGGCGCCCCCUUCACCUUUAACGGCCCCUCUUUCCUCUCUCUCGUACAAUCUCUCCGUUCCCCCAUCCUCCCAGAGACAUCAACCCUGUACGCCCCCUCCUUCUCCCACGCGAUCAAAGACCCCGUUGAAAAUGACAUCGCCAUCCUGCCGUCCGUGCGCAUCGUGGUGUUCGAAGGAAACUACUGCGCGUUGAAUAAAGCGCCGUGGUCCGAGGCUGCGGCGCUUAUGGACGAGAUGUGGUUCGUCGAGGUGGACUUUGAGGUCGCGAGAUGCAGGUUGGUACAGAGGCAUGUGAAAGCAGGUAUUGCGAGGGAUGAAGAGGAGGCGGGAAAGAGAGCCGAUGAAAAUGAUUUGGUUAAUGGGAGGGAGAUUGUGGAGAAUAGGGUGCCGGUUUGUGAGGUUGUGAGGAGUGUCGAGGAUGGGGCGUGGGCGCCGGAGAGGCAGGGGGUUAGGGAUGAGAGGGAAGAGAGAUACAAGGAGAGGUAUAUGGACUGA